CUCUUUCUUUCCCUUCUCCCUUCUCUUUUCUAAUAAGAACCCAAGAUUAAAAUACAUACUAGCGUAACAUUAAAACUGGUUCGGAUGAAACCCAAGUAAAUGGGCCAUCUUAGGAACAUUAUUUUAGUCCAGUCAAUGAGCCCAUGAAAGUAACACGUUCACAAAAAAACCUAAUUCAAUGCUUUUUCUCCACCGCCAUCUUCACCUUCUUCGACUUAUCUUCGAGAAACUUGAAUUCGUCAAUCGAUUCAACUUACUCAGAAAAUUUUAACUUUCUUUAACAGUUAUCAAACUUCUGAGUUUCCCCACUCCGUCUUCUUCAAAUCCAAUUUAAUGGCCUUUAUCUCCAAAGUCAUCAAUUGUUUCAGAUUUGAAGCUUAUAAAAUCGACAAGCCACGGCGAUUAUACAACCAUCGUCAAAAUUUCAGAAAACCACCACAACCUAAAGAUGUCAGAAUCCAAACUUCAAUCCCAUCCCCAUCGAUUCACCUUUCAGAUUUUUGAUACCAUUGAUGGAGAUUUUUGCAAGGAAGACGUUUUAGUGCGUCUCAUCCAUUUUUGGGAAGCCCGAAACUUCAAGAAAGGAAACAUGCUUAUGGGCAUAGAACUGCUUCUCAUCGACUCUAAGUCUAAUGCAGUCCAAGCCUACAUACCAGCAAACCGUCUAUUCCGUCACGAAGGUCGUCUGAAAUCCAACUCUGUUUACACCCUGAACAAUUUCAUGAUCAUUCCUACCAAAAAGGUGUACAAAGUCACAGACCACAAACAUGGGAUCGUUUUUACUGAGAAAACAUCAAUGGUAUUGGAGCCUAUUGGAGAUCAUAAGAUCGACGAACAGAAAUUUCGGUUCCGUAACUAUGAAGAUUUCGCUUCUAUUGUAGACACUAAUGCAGAUCUAUUUGAUGUCAUUGGCCAGGUUCGUCUAAUUGUUGGCGACAAUAUCCACUCGCCUUCAACACUGGAAUCAGCACCCCAAGUGGAAGGCAGCCGAUCAAGUGAUAGGGUGUUCUUACAUCUCCAACUUAAAGAUGGCCAGACCAUUCGUAUAUACCUCUGGGGAACCAUUGCUGCCCUAUUUAGAGAAAGAUGGAAUGAAAGUGAAGUCAAACCAGCUGUUCUCCUCAUAACUAUUGUCAAUCCAAAAACAGUAGGACCUGUUAUGGCUCUCAGCUCAACAUCUUCCACACGCAUAUUCUUUGACAAUGACGUCACUGAAACCAAACAAUACUUGACAUGGUUAGGUGAUAAUGGUCACAAGACUCCAAAAAUUGCAAGCUCCUCCUCUGCAGUUACCAAACUAGAGACUGUUACUAUCCAGGAAAUACUCCAAUUUCUACAAAAUGAGAAUCCCCAGGAAGCUAGCUUCUACUGUUUUGGUACCAUUCUUGACAUACAACCACAAUAUGGAUGGUACUACAUCUCAUGCAGCAAAUGCAACAACAAACUUGAGAAGGCUGAUACAUCAAUGUACUGCAACUAUUGCAAGGAAUCCAACAACAUUGGCGUUAUCAGGUACCGUUUUGAAAUAAGAGUCUGUGACAAAAACAAAGAUGUUGAAACCUUUGUUGUUCUUGAUAGUGAGGCCACCAAAAUUGCUGGGCGUAGAGCUGCUGAUGUUUGAAGGAGGCAAUGGAGGCUGCCGAGAAAGCUUCUUAUGCAGAAAUAAGUCUGCAGACCCCAGAAUGUUUAAAGCAUAUUAUUGGCACUACUUGCAAAUUCCAAAUCAAACUCUCCGAGUACAACUUCAAAACCUCUCGCCAAACUGUCUCAAU